UCAUACAAUACUACUGAGACAUCUACAGCUUAGCAGACAGAUACGGUGAACCGCCUAUCCCGGCUCCUGUAAGUGAUGCUGCACUGAGGCACACUUUGAUCCAACUCCAUUGGGGGGGCGAUGCGCUCUCUGCAUCCCUCCUUUAAGAGUUUUUUGGGGAGCGUGCACAACCUCGCAUCAGUCAAAACAAGUGGUUAUGAAAUAAAUUAGGUGUAAGCUUUCUGUUUUUCAUCAGAAGUACAUUUUUUUUGCAUUCUUGGAUUGAAGUUUUACGCGCGGGUCAAGAAGUCUUUAACGCACACGUGUAAAUUUGUUGGCAGCGAUUUGAAUCAGGCAAAAUAAAGUAGGAUUGUCAAUGCAAACGUAGGCUAGGGAUACAAAGUUAAUGUAAAACAAGCUUGGAUCAAUGCGUAUCCGUCCGUGGGAUUGCGAGCCCAAGACAUCCGAAGAGGAAUUACAGCGUCCUUUUCAAACAAAGUUGAUCGCUGUGCAUUAUUUUUUUUUCUGUUGCACAUGAGGACCACAGUUUAUAGCGCAUGGAUAAGUUUGUAGUGGAUAACAUUUUUUUUUCUACUUGCAUUGCAUUUUGCUGCCGCUUCUGAUGAGGAUCCUUUCUCCCCCUUUCCCCUACUUCAGUUUAAUUCGUGGCACUUCUUUUUUUGUAAAUCAGUGAUGUCUCUACGCGACGGUACUCUCGGUUGAUUUUUCAUCCUAUUCGAGCGGAAAAGAAUUACUGCUGUAGAAGUGAAGCUCCCAUCCACUCUUGAGUAUGGACUUAGCAAGUCAGGCUCAUGUGGUGGUGGUGGUCUUGCUCACCUGUGUGGUCUUGCUAUGCUGGGCCCAGGAGAAGGACUACACGGUGAAGGAGGAGCAACCAGAGAACGUCCGAAUCGGGAACCUGCGCAAGGACCUGGACCUCAACCUAGACCCCAACAUCAGGCUAUCCUCACCGCUGCAGUUCAAGCCUGUGUACAAGACAGGUGACGUGCCUUUGGUGAGGGUGGAGGCCAACACAGGGGAGAUCUUUACCACCAAUCACAGAAUUGACCGGGAGAAGCUGUGCUCAGGGGUCUUUGCUGAGAAACGCUGCUACUAUGAGAUUGAGGUGGCCGUGCUGCCCGAUGAGAUCUUCCGAUUGGUCAAGAUCCGCUUCCUGAUCGAGGAUGUAAAUGACAACGCACCCCUUUUCCAGUCCACUGUAAUAAACAUCUCCAUCCCUGAGAACACAGCCAUCAACACCCGAUACCCGGUGCCCUCAGCAUUUGACCCCGAUGUAGGGAUCAAUGGGAUCCAACAUUAUGAGCUGGUCAAGAGUGUCAGCGAGUUUGGCUUAGACAUCAUUGAAACUCCUGAAGGUGACAAGUGGCCACAGCUUAUCGUUCAGCAGAAUCUGGAUCGCGAGCAGAAGGACACCUUUGUCAUGAAGAUAAAGGUGGAGGAUGGUGGCAACCCUCCCAAGUCCAGCACUGCCAUUCUCCAAGUCACCAUCUCUGAUGUCAAUGACAAUCGUCCCAUCUUCAAGGACAGUGACUUGGAGGUCACAGUACCAGAGAAUGCCCCCAUGGGGACAUCGGUUGCACAGCUUCACGCCACGGACGCAGACCUGGGUUCCAACGCACAGAUCCACUUCGCCUUCAGCAACCAAAUCUCUGCCUCAACCAAACGUCACUUUGCCAUCGACAGCUCUACAGGACUGAUCACUGUGAAGCAGCCACUGGACAGGGAGGUAACUCCUGUUCAUAAACUCAUUGUCCUUGCCAGUGAUGGCAGCUCCACCCCUUCCAGAGCCACAGUUAUUGUUAAUGUAACUGACGUUAAUGACAACGUUCCCACCAUAGACACUCGCUACAUUAUCAACCUGGUUAAUGGAACUGUUCUGCUGUCUGAGAAUGCGCCUCUCAACACCAAAAUAGCCCUAAUUACUGUUACUGACAAGGAUGCAGAUCUUUAUGGCAAAGUAGCUUGCUACACCGACCAUGAUGUUCCUUUUCGGUUGAAGCCUGUCUUUAAUGAUCAAUUCUUACUAGAGACAGCUGCCCCCCUAGAUUAUGAGACGACUCGAGAAUAUGCAAUUAAGAUAGUGGCCUCGGAUAGGGGGACGCCUCCUUUGAACACUUCAGCUAUGGUUUUAAUUAAAAUCAAGGAUGAGAAUGACAAUGCACCCAUCUUCCCCCAGCCGGAAAUCCAACUUUCCAUACCGGAGAACAAUGACCCCUCUACACAGUUAAUAAAAAUCAGCGCCACUGAUGCAGACAGCGGACAUAAUGCUGAGAUUAUUUAUACUCUUGGCCCUGAUGCACCUGAUGGGUUUAACAUAGACAGACGGUCAGGAAUCCUUUCUGUUGGCAAACGACUGGACAGAGAGAAGCAGGAGAGGUACUCAUUCACUGUCAUAGCGAGGGACAAUGGCUCCACGUCCCUGCAGAGCAAUGUCACUGUCAGGCUAAUCGUCCAGGACCUUAAUGACAACAGCCCAGCUUUCACACACCCUGAGUACAACUUCUAUGUGCCUGAAAACCUGCCUCUCUAUGGAACUGUGGGCUUAAUCACAGUGACUGAUGCAGAUGCAGGAGAUAAUGCUGUUAUAACCCUGUCCAUUUUGAAUGGGAAAGAUAAUUUCAUCAUCGACCCCCAAACUGGUGUGAUCAAACCUAAUAUCACGUUUGAUAGGGAGCAGCAAAGCUCCUACACAUUCAUGGUCAAGGCAGUUGAUGGGGGGCAACCUCCAAGCUCCUCUUAUGCCAAGGUCACUAUAAAUGUAGUCGAUGUGAACGACAAUCGCCCCGUGUUUGUCAUCCCAUCUUCCAAUUACUCAUAUGACCUAGUGCGUACCGCCACUACCCCUGGCGCUGUGGUCACCAGAGUGUUUGCCAUUGACAAUGACACAGGUAUGAAUGCUGAGCUGCAGUACAGUAUUAUCAGCAGCAUCAUCAUCACAUCUAGGGUCUCCCCUCGAGGUCUCUUUGCCAUCGACAAAACAACAGGUAACAUAACACUGCAGGAGAAAAUAGUUUCAGCUGAUCAGGGGCUACAUAGGCUGGUUGUCAAGGUCAAAGAUCUAGGCCAGCCUGAGUCAUUACAUGCGAUCACACUUAUCCACUUGUUUGUCAAUGACACUGUGUCAAAUGCUACCUUUAUCCAAGAGCAGCUGCGAAAAAGUAUGGAGACACCCUUGGACCGUAACAUAGGGGACAGUGAGGUAACACCUCAAGCCAAUGGAUAUGUGAUUGUUGUCAUAGCUAUCAUAGCAGGGACCAUGACUGUCAUCUUGGUGAUAUUUGUGACUGCCUUGGUGCGCUGCCGGCAGACACCCAGACACAAAGUAGUACAGAAGGGCAAGCAGAGUGGCGAAUGGGUGUCACCCAACCAAGAGAACCGUCAGAUCAAAAAGAAGAAGAAGAGAAAGAAGCGAUCCCCUAAGAGCCUCCUCUUGAACUUUGUGACCAUUGAUGAAUCCAAGCCUGACGACCCCACCCAUGAGCAUGUUAAUGGUACACUGGACCUCCCUGUGGAGUUAGAGGAGCAAACCAUGGGGAAGUACAACUGGGCCACGACACCCACCACCUUCAAACCCGACAGCCCAGAUUUAGCCAAGCAUUACAAGUCAGCGUCCCCUCAGCCUACAUUUCAAAUCAAACCGGAGACACCAGUCGCCCCAAAGAAACACCAUGUGAUCCAGGAGCUCCCCUUGGACAACACGUUCGUGGUGGGCUGUGACUCACUUUCCAAGUGUUCAUCGACUAGCUCCGACCCAUACAGUGUCUCAGAGUGCAGCUGUCAGGGGGGAUUCAAGACUGCGGGGCAAAUCACCACCCGACAGAACCUGAGCCAGACACCGGAGAAGUCUUUUAACUCACCGCCCCCCAUUUGUCCUCAUAAGGAGGCCUGUCAACUUGGCAAGAUAACCUCUGUGAAUACCCAGCGCCGUGUGACAUUCCAUCUUCCAGACGGUUCCCAGGAGAGCUGCAGUGACAGCGGGCUGGGAGACCCGGAGCCUAGCAGCACGGCCAGCACCACCCAGCCUCUUCCUCUCAGCUUCCCCCAGGAGGAGUACUAUGAGCAAACAUCACCUAACAGCCGCACUGAGGGAGAUGGAAACUCAGAUCCUGAAUCUUCCAUUGAGGUGAACCUGCAGAAAGCCUUGGCUGAGGCCUCUGAGACCUGUACCCAGGAGUGUCUGAUCCUGGGCCACUCCGACAGCUGCUGGAUGCCCCCAGCCCUGGCCCAGUUCCAGGGUGCUGGCAGCCCCAACUCCGCCCCUACCACCACCGCUAUCGCCGUUACAAUGCCCUCUUUUGGCUUCCAGCAGAGUUUUGCCCGUGGAGCCAAAGCUAACAUGGGCAGCAUCGGGGUCAUGGAUGGUCGCCAUACCCUGGGCAGGUCUGUGCCCAAAAAAGAUGACCUGGACAAAGGGAUCAACCGGCCACAGUUCUACAACACCCUUGAUAGACACUGUGGUAGUAAGAAGGAGGACCCCGUCAAAGUCAUCCCCCUGGCGAGCUUCUCCUCCCCCGGGCAGCAGACGCCCACUGGCGGGGGCAGCAGCUCUUUCUUACAUGAGCACCAGUUAUAAGAGUAAAAGACAGAUCUUCAUUGCCCCUGACAUACAUGUGACUCAAUCCAUAGAUGGCUUUUUGUCAGUGACUUUAUGAUCAGUAUGUAUGCGUACGAAUGGAGGUAUGCAUAAUUUGAAUAACUUUGACCAGCUCAGUUUUACUAAUGAAGGCAUCUGAGAAUGGAUUCAAUCAUGAUGAUCUUGUUCAGACAAAAUCAUAUACGAUCAGUCUGUCAGCUUAGGUAUAGGGAGGGAAAUAUAAGUCUUAACAUAGCAGACCCAUGUAUAAUAAACAAAGUUAGUUCUAUACCAAAGUAGUUCCAUCACAGAAAAAUUUUUGCUUUCAGUUCAGUGAUGUUUGCUUAGUGAUGAGAAAGGGCAAAGUAUGCUUUAAGCUCGUUGGGCAAAGCUUAGUGGAACAGUGUCCUAAAACACCAUUUUCUCGUGCAGAAAAACACAUGCAAACACAGUACUUUGUGUUGAGUGAGCUAAAUUGGGAUAAAUGUUAAUUAUGAGCUCUGGGUGGAUGGUGUGUCUGUUUAAGUUCUAGUGAAAUAUUGCUCUGUAUAACACGCAGCACAAACUCCUUUGGUGGUGGAAGAUGUUUCUUUUGUCUUGCCUGAACGUGUUUCAGAAGUCUAUUUUGGUCAGGGGACUGCAGAAGGAUAAAAAAAAAGUCUACAAAGCGUAACUAGGCCAAUGGUAGACAGCACCAGUAAUUUUUUGCAUUCUACAUUUUCACCACGGACCAGUGCACAAAAUAUACGAAAAUAAAAACACAAACUCCUGCACACACACAUAUUGUGGUUGCUCCAUCUCUGCCAACUCUAUUAAGAAAGUGUUCACUUCUAGCAUUAUCUCAGUAGCUUAGCCUUGAAAGACUCAGACAGAUGCACUUUGGAAACGUAGCUUUUGUUUCCUUGCCUUUGUUUCUAUGUCUCACAUUUUCUUGCUCAGAAACACUCACAUAUUAACAGCUAAAAGCCAAUUGUGAAAUUCUCAGUCCAGUUACUUUGAUGUGUGAUCUCAGUAGUGAUCCUCAUUGUGGUUAGGGGGCCUGAAUGGGUCUCUUGGCUAGCCAGAAACAUGCAAACAUGAACAGGUUACAAGCACUCAGAAAUAUCAGCUUUAUCCGUUCCUUCUCUUCCCAUAAUAUCAUUAAUAGCACCUAUUGGUCUUGCUAUUAAUUACCAUUGUGUGUUUUCAUACAUCAGUUUGGCUGCAAAGUUUCUAUUAUGAGUUUUUACUAUGUGUUGACACUGGAAUAAUAGACCAGGGUGCAAGAAUAUCUUCAGGGCCCUGAGUUUGACUGAAUUAUUGAUGAUAAUGUUAUUUUUGCAGUUACCAUAAGAAUAGGCAUUGGCACUAUUUGAAAGGACCUCCCUGCAGGCUGCCCCUCACCAUGGUUCCAUCAUACACACACUCACUGACUAUGUGUGUAAAUUUUACUGAUGAUGAUAACUACUUCAGACUAACUUGCUGCUGUAACAGAUUGGGUGCAGUAUAAUCUAUUGCUACAGCAAUAAGUGACUUUGCUGAUAUCCAUUUUUCUUCCCAGUAACAUCCAAGCCAGGUGUCUGCAUCAUCAGGUAUAUGAUUCAUGCGAUUCAUUUUCUUGUACCAUCUUGCAAAUUGGGAACAGGCCUAAAUGUAUAAUGCAAUGUGGCAUUCUCGUGGGAGGGUGCAAGGCAAAUUGUGUUUGCAUGCUCUUAGCUACCACACCUAUUUUCUCUGAUACUUUGGGUCAGGACUCUUAUCAUUAUUAAGAGCAUUUAUCUGGGACUCAGUGAAAUGAUCACUUAAAGGAACAGUGUGUCAAGGACACAGAGAGGGACAAUUCAAUUUUGACUCAGUCAAUUACAGAAAUUAAAUAAAUUCAAAACAAGCAACAUAAAUAAAUUCUGCUUUAAAUAUCUAUAGAUGAAAUUGUCCCUGUUUGGGACCAAUUUCAAUUCCAACUCAUUUCUUUGUUAUAGUAUAGACAUGUAUCAUAAAAUCAGAAGAAGCACAUAUCAAAGAAAGCAUACAUCAUGAUGUCACUGAAAAUUGGAAUAUUACUCACUGACAAAAGAAAAUCCACUGCACUUGUGAUAUGAUCCAAAAGUUGCCUCAAAAUCCUCACAAAUCUUUUCAGACUAUGUUCACAAUUAUGUGAAUAAGUAGUCAAAUGGAUUCAUGGUUGGAUCUUUUCAACAAAAAUAAAUCUGAAUGAAAAAUAACAAUUAGGAUUUUAAGAAACUUCCCCUUUCAUUAACAAUGAGAAGUACAUACAUUAUCUGCUGUUGGAGUGUUUAUUAAUAUGACACAGGAAAUUGUGCCCUUCCUCAUAUCAUGGAGGGAGAGAAUAUCCAUAUGGGAUAAUUCACUGUCACACUUUAAUAAAAGAUGUGAUUGAAAUAAUGUAUCCAAUCACAUGUGUACAGUAAGCACAAUAUUAUGUGUAAACCUCACCUCCUUUUAACUUACUCUGCCUACAUAACUCCUAUGUACUGUAAUGUUGCAGCAGCUACAUUACUUGAAAGACAACUUCUAGAGGUAAUACUAGUUUAAUAACUGCACGAAUGUACAUCUGCAGGAUGUUGCUUUUGAUACUAACAUGACUUUUAUGUCUACUGCAGUCCUGUUUUUGUUUACCAUAUGCUUUUCUAGAGCUAAAAGUAGUGGUGUUUUAUUUAUUUACUUUUCAAACAAAUAGUCUACCAUAUGAAUGUGCAACAGUUUUUAUGGGAUGAGGCUCUUCCGCAUAAGUAGUAUUGCUCCGUGUCAGGAGGUUUUCAUCUUUCACAAAACACAGUGAAAUAGGCAAAAUGUUAAGGGUGAUCAUGGGUUUUCACUUUGCAUGAUUCUGCUCUCACUGUUUGUUUGUUUUUCAUAUUUAUCUAAUUUCCUCUGCCCGAACAGUUAACAUGGUAUACAUAAAACUGAAGAUAGUUGUUUUAUUUUUUCAGAACAUUUCUAUUCAAAAUGUGUGUCAUUAUUACCAUGUCAAUUUGUGUCAUGAUUUGCAUGAACUGUUUGGACUUCCACGAGGCGUUUUGACACUUGACUAUGUAGUUCAUGCAUCCAUCAUUAGAUUCAAUGUCAGUAUUGAUGUUUACUGCUCUACCUGUUUGUCUGUCUUAUAAAACAAAACAAAUGUUACACAACAAAUGUCAAAGUUUGUGAAGUGUGCGUUUCACUUAUGCCUCUAUACGUACACACAAAUAUCUAUAAUGUCAGGAAAACUGGAUUUUAAACUGUAUAUAGCAGUACCCCUAAGUACUAGUAAUGGUUAAAAAACUGCAAAUACACAUACAGUAAAGACUAAAGGCUACAGGCUAAAUUCUGGAAUUUGCAAUGUUGAGCAAAAGGGAAAACAUAAGAAGUGAUGAGAUGACAAUCUCUGUUGUAAUGUAAAUGGAUUCAUAUGCAUAAUAUUAAUGAGAGUGUGUUUGAAUGUGUUUAUAAGUGAUCUUGUAUGUGUGUGAGGGAGCGUUAGUGUCUCCUUGCAUGUGUGAACGUGUGUGUUUGUGUGUGUGUGUGAGUGUGUGUGCACAUAUGUGUAUUCUGGCAUGCACCUUGUCAGAAUAUUUUAUGCACACAAAUGUAUCUUGUACAAAACUAUAUCAAAAUAUAAGACUUAAGUAUAUGCUUGUAAAUUAGUCAUCAGUGAGUCAGGUCAACUUUGCUUUGACAGAAGGCUUCAGUGCUUGCCAGCAAAUCUGUAUUGGUCAGUUAAGCUAUAUACAGUCUGUGUUGUCAUGCCGUUGUAAGAUAUCCCAUUUAAAUCUAUGAAAAAAAUGACCUUCCAUAUGGUGAAAUGAUUUUUCUUGUCAUUGAAUUUUACUUGAGCCAUUAAAUAUUGAGUUCUUAAAAGUA